AUGAAGCUUCCUCAGCAUGAUCCAUGCGGGAAUAACCAAACAGCCUCUGCAUCUCCUACUUCAGCUGAAUCAUGGAAGCAUGAUGUGUUUUUGAGUUUCCGGGGUGAAGACACUCGCAGGGGCUUUAUUUCUCAUUUAGACCGUGCAUUGGCGUACUGGCAAGCAAUGACAACUUUCAAGCACGACCGAGACAUUGAAGUAGGACCAAUUUCUCCGGAGCUGUUGACCACAAUUGAACAAUCACAUCUUGCCAUCAUUGUUCUCUCCCCCAAUUAUGCUUCUUCCACGUGGUGCUUGGAUGAACUUUCCAAGAUUCUUGAAUGCAUCCAGGAGCAGGACACCAGAAUUCUGCCAAUCUUUUAUAAUGUGGAUCCUUCCGAUGUACGAAACCAAAGGGGGAGUUUUGCGGAAGCCUUCACUAAGCAUGAAGAAAGGUUUAGUGAAGAUGUAAAGAAGGUGAAUCGGUGGAGAGCUGCUUUAAGAAAAGUAGCGAAUCUAUCUGCGUGGGAUUCAAAGAAUUAUAGGUCGGAAGCAGAGCUUGUCGAAGAAAUUGUCAAAUGUGUGUGGAAGGAAGUCCAUCCUACAUUCAUGUUGUCAGGUUCUCUAGAGAAUUUAGUUGGAAUUGAUUUUGCACUUAAACAACUACAAUUGCAUUUAGCUCCCGAAGAAAAUGACGUCCGCUUUAUAGGGAUAUGGGGGAUGGGCGGGGUAGGCAAAACAACCCUUGCUAACUUAGUUUUUCAGAAAAUUUCCCAUCAUUUUGAACAUAGCCGUUUUCUAUCUGAUGUGAGAAAGAAGAAGCUCUCAGAUCUGCAAACACAAAUUCUUUUCCCCAUUUUGAAGGGAGAUCAUAUUUGGGAUGAAUGGGAGGGAACCUUUUUUAUUAAGAAGUAUUUAUGCAAUAAAAAGGUACUUCUCGUCCUUGAUGAUGCAGAUCAAUUAAGCCAACUAGAAAAACUGGUUGGAGAGAAAAAUUGGUUUGGUGCGGGGAGUAGAAUCAUCAUCACAGCUAGAAAUGAAUGUCUACUAGUUCAGCAUGGUACAAUGAACCAUAAGGUCGAUGUGUUAAGUGAUGAUGAAGCUCUUGAGCUCUUUUGUCAACAUGCCUUUAAGAAUGAUCAGCCUGAGGAAGGUUUUCAAGAACUGUCUCAGCAUUUCCUACAUUAUGCAAAAGGCCUUCCAUUAGCUCUUAAAAUUUUGGGGCGUUCUUUGUAUGGGAGAGAUCAAAAUGUAUGGAAAAGUGCGUUGUAUAAUCUAAACAAAAUUCCUGAACCAGAAAUUUUUGAUUCACUCAAAGUGAGUUAUUAUGGAUUAAAAGAGAUGGAGAAGAAAAUGUUUCUCCAUGUUGCGUGUCUCCAUAGAGGGAGGGAUAAAGAGCAAGUAAUUGAAACACUAGACAGUAUCCUUGACAUUUCCAGUCGUAUUGGGAUAGAUAUUCUUGUUGAGACAUCUCUCUUAACUAUUGAGAAACUCCACUCUCAGGGAAACAGUGUUGAGAUGCAUGACUUGAUACAAGAAAUGGCAUGGAGAAUUGUUCGAGAAGAGUCUCCCGAAGAACCUGGUAAACGCAGUCUUUUAUGGUGUCGCAACGACAUUUUUCAUGCAUUCAUGAACAAUACGGUUACUGAAGCAAUUGAAGGCAUAGCCUUACGCCUGCCCGAAUUAGAAGUGGUGCACUGGAAUUGUACUGAAGCCUUUGAUAAGAUGCAGGGGUUAAGGUUUCUUGAAUUUGAUAAUGUUAUGAUUUCUUCAGCCCCUAAAGUUCUUCCAAAUUCCUUAAGAAUUAUUCGUUGGAAUUGGUAUCCUUCGAAAUCGCUCCCACCAAGGUUUGAACCAUGUUUCCUCGCUAAACUUGAGAUGUGUUAUAGCAAACUUGUCCGCCUUUGGGAUGGAGCAAAGGAUUUCCCGAAGUUGAAACAUAUGGAUCUUAGUUACUCUGAUAAAUUGACUAGUGUCCCAGAUUUCACACGAAUUACAAAUCUUGAGGAUUUGAUUCUGGAUGGUUGUACGGAUUUACUUGAGGUUCACUCGUCUAUUGCAGUUCACAAAAAGCUGAAGGUUUUGGACCUUCGUGACUGUACAAGUGUUAGGACUCUCCCAAGUGAGUUGGAAAUGGAUUCUCUUGAAUUCUUCAGUAUUUCUGGCUGCUCAAAAGUGAACAAGAUUCCAGAAUUUGGGGAACAUAUGAAGAACUUGUCAAUGCUUGGUCUAGGUGGGACUGCUAUUGCGCAAAUACCUUCAUCAGUUGAACGUCUGGUUGGCCUUGUUGAGCUAAAUAUAAGUGAUUGCAAAAGUCUCUUGGGUCUCCCGAGUGCGAUAUGUAAAUUGAAUUCUCUUAAAACACUUCGUAUGUUGGGAUGCUCAAAAGUUGACAAACUCUCAGGGGAGAUGGAGUGUUUAGAGAAUCUUGAUUUAAGAGGAACAGCUAUGAGAGAUCCGCUUCUUGUUAUGAAAAACCUUAAACGUCUAUCCUUCAGCGGAUCAGUUGCUAAACCAUCCGCUUGCAUUGGCAAUGGCAUUGCCGCUUGGGGUUUGGUUUUGUCUUCUCUACAUCAUUUAUGCUCUUUGACAAAAUUAGAUCUGAGUGAUUGUAAUAUUGGUGAAGGAGCCAUUCCCGAUGGUAUCGGCAACUUGUCUUCUUUACGAUGGUUACUUCUGUGUGGAAACAAUUUCGUCAGCCUUCCCGCAAGCAUUAGAUUGCUUUCUAACCUUGACUGUCUUGAAUUGCAGAGGUGCAAAAGGCUUGAGCAAUUGCCAGAUCUUCCGUCAAAUAGUUUCUUAUACGUAGAUGUAAAUGAUUGUACUUCCUUGAAGAGGUUGUCAGAUCCAUCAAAGUCGAGCGGAGGAGCCAACGUGUAUGAUUUUAUUUUCACCUGUCUAAAUUGCUUCAGCUUGGUUGAAGAAGAAGGCUGGAUUAAUAGAAUAUUUGCAAUGAUAAUGAGAUUGGCCAGUGAGGGUCUCUAUCCAAUGUGGACUGGUAACUUAAUUGUAUGCCCUGGAAGUGAGAUUCCAGAUUGGUUCGAGAAUCCGAGUGUGGGAGAUUCAAUAACUAUGGAACUGCCUCUACCUCCACAACCAUGUAGCGACUGGGUUGGUAUUGCUUUAUGUGUCGUUUUUGAAGAUUCUGAAUAUUUGCAAAAUCCAGACACCCUUCUUGAUUAUGAUUUUUUGAAAAUUGAAUGUCUGUCGGGUGCGCAUGAGACUUUGACAGUGGGGCAUCUUGAGUCACAACACCUUUGGCAUUUUUAUUUGCCUCGCGAUGAUAUUAAGCAUCAAAUCCAAGUCCAACUGAAAGGAAAAGAGGAUGGCUCGUGCAGUCAUCGCUUUUCAUUCAAAUCGCAUUAUCGUUUAAAAGGAUCUCCAGACAAAUUCCUCGAAACAAGCUCGAUUAUAAAGAAAUGUGGGGUACGUUUGGUGUUCGAAAGAGAUUUGGAAGAAUUCAGCCGAAUACUGAAAAUCCCGAAGCCAGCACUACUUGAUGCAUACAGCAGUGACGAGGAGGCAGGCCCAAUUGGUAGUAGUGGAAGUGGUAGCUCUGAUGACAAAAAUGAACCAGGAAAUGAGCUCUGA